UUAGGAAACAAAAUUAAAUAAAAUACAAAUAUAAAAGUCGUCUCCUUCUACUGUGCGACGGCUUUUCCAAUCUCUCUCUCUAUAUCGCAGCUCAGAACACACUUUCUCGCCCUUCACAAUUACGCUCACCAACAAAGGAUAAUCUUUCUAGCGAUCAGGAUUCUCUUACUUCUUCUCUUUCUGUUAUCGGAUUCCAUAUUCAAUUGAGAUCUGUGAAUUGGUGGCCAUUGGAUCUUGAGGAUUGCUGGAUCUGAGGCCGUUUUGAGAUGGCGCUUUCGGGUAUGAGAGGAUUAUCGGUGUUCAUUAGUGAUAUUCGAAAUUGUCAGAACAAAGAACAGGAACGCCUCCGUGUAGAUAAAGAGCUGGGCAAUAUUCGGACUCGCUUCAAGAAUGAAAAGAUACUAGCUUGAACCGAGAGCUUUGGUGGAAUCAGUUUGAGUUUAACUUAUUGAACUAGGUGGAACCAUGCAGUUGAGUGAGGGUUUUAGAAUGCAAUUUCUCUGGACUGAAGGAGCAUUGCCUUCUUCUUUUAUUGGGUUUAUCACCGUAUGAGAAGAAGAAAUAUGUCUGGAAGAUGCUUUACAUUUACAUGCUAGGUUAUGAUGUUGAUUUUGGUCAUAUGGAAGCCGUGUCUUUAAUAUCUGCUCCAAAGUAUCCUGAAAAGCAGGUUGGCUAUAUAGUGACAUCUUCUCUUCUCAAUGAGAAUCAUGAUUUUCUGAGAUUAGCUAUUAAUACCGUGCGCAAUGACAUCAUUGGUCGCAAUGAGACUUUUCAGUGUCUUGCUCUGACAUUGGUUGGGAAUAUUGGUGGAAGGGAAUUUGCUGAAUCUCUUGCUCCUGAUGUUCAAAAGUUACUUAUUUCUAGUAGUUGUAGACCUCUUGUGAGGAAGAAGGCUGCUCUAUGUCUCCUUCGUCUUUACAGAAAAAAUCCUGAUGUGGUCAAUGUAGAUGGCUGGUCAGAUAGGAUGGCGCAGUUGUUAGAUGAACGUGAUUUGGGCGUUUUGACUUCCUCAAUGAGUCUUCUUGUUGCUUUAGUGUCCAACAACCACGAGGCCUACUGGAGUUGUCUACCAAAGUGUGUUAAAAUUUUGGAAAGGCUUGCCAGAAAUCAAGAUGUUCCACAAGAAUACACUUAUUAUGGUAUUCCGUCUCCCUGGCUUCAGGUUAAGACAAUGAGGGCUCUUCAGUAUUUUCCAACAGUUGAAGAUCCAAAUACUAGAAGAUCAUUGUUUGAGGUUCUGCAAAGAAUACUAAUGGGGACUGAUGUUGUGAAGAAUGUGAACAAGAACAAUGCAUCACAUGCUGUUCUUUUUGAAGCUCUUGCUCUUGUCAUGCAUCUUGAUGCUGAGAAAGAAAUGAUGUCUCAGUGUGUUGCAUUGCUGGGUAAAUUUAUCGCUGUUCGUGAACCUAAUAUACGAUACCUUGGUUUGAUCAGAGUUGAUGCGAUGCAGGAAAACAUGACUCGUAUGUUGAUGGUCACAGACGUCCACGAGAUCAUCAAAAGACAUCAAGCUCAGAUCAUUACGUCCCUGAAGGAUCCUGAUAUCAGUAUCAGAAGACGUGCCCUUGAUUUGCUAUACGGCAUGUGUGAUGUUUCAAAUGCAAAGGACAUUGUUGAAGAAUUGUUACAGUAUCUCAGCUCGGCUGACUUUGCAAUGCGGGAAGAAUUGUCACUUAAAGCUGCUAUUCUGGCAGAGAAGUUCGCCCCUGACUUGUCAUGGUAUGUGGAUGUGAUACUUCAGUUGAUUGACAAGGCUGGGGAUUUUGUUAGUGAUGACAUAUGGUUCCGUGUGGUGCAGUUUGUUACUAACAACGAGGAUUUACAGCCUUAUGCAGCUCUGAAAGCCAGAGAGUAUCUUGAUAAACCUGCUAUUCAUGAGACCAUGGUGAAGGUGAGUGCAUAUAUUCUUGGAGAAUACAGUCAUCUUCUAGCCAGGCGUCCUGGGUGCAGCCCAAAGGAAAUUUUCCACAUCAUACAUGAGAAGCUUCCCUCUGUUUCGACUCCAACAAUCCCAAUACUUCUUUCCACCUACGCAAAGAUUUUGAUGCACACUCAACCGCCUGACCAGGAGUUACAGAAGCAAAUCUGGGCUAUCUUCAGCAAGUAUGAAAGUUGUAUUGAUGCCGAAAUACAGCAGCGUGCUGUUGAGUAUCAUGCUUUGAGCAUGAAAGGUCCUGCUCUAGUGGAUAUACUAGCUGAAAUGCCGAAGUUCCCUGAAAGACAGUCCUCGUUGUUAAAGAAGGCCGAGGAUUCUGAAGCUGAUACUGCUGAGCAAAGUGCAAUUAAAUUGCGAGCCCAACAGCAGAGUUCUAGUGCUUUGGUAGUGACAGAUCAGCGGCCAGCAAACGGGCCAGCCCCUGUGAGCCAGCUUGGUCUUGUGAAGGUGCCUACCACGAGUAAUACGGAUCAGAACUCUACUGAACAAGGAUUAACACAUGCAAAUGGGGCUUUGACAGUUGUGGAUCCUCAACCUCCUAGCACGCCUUCUCCUGAUUUACUUGGUGAUCUUUUAGGUCCGCUGGCUAUUGAAGGUCCACUAGACACGGCUCCUCAAUCUGAGCCAAGGGUGGCUUCUGGGAUGGAAAUUGGUGUCAAUGAAGAUGCAUUAGCCAUUGCACCUAUUGAGGAGCAGGCUAAUGCUGUCCAGCCUAUUGGUGACAUUGCGGAAAGGUUUCAUGCUCUAAGGCUGAAGGAUAGCGGUGUGCUAUAUGAGGAUCCUUAUAUUCAGAUUGGCAUAAAAGCCGAGUGGCGAGCGCAUCAAGGGCGAGUUGUUCUCUUUUUGGGAAAUAAAAAUACUGCUCCUCUUGUUUCAGUUCAAGCUCUCAUACUGCCCCCAUCGCAUCUAAAGAUGGAACUCUCAUUAGUACCUGAGACUAUUCCUCCGAGGGCCCAGGUUCAAUGCCCACUUGACGUAAUCAACCUCCAUCCUAGUAGAGACGUGGCUGUGUUGGACUUUUCUUACAAGUUUGGCACCCAUCUCGUCAGUGUAAAACUUCGUCUUCCUGCUGUCCUGAACAAGUUUCUGCAGCCAAUCUUGGUUUCGGCUGAGGAGUUUUUCCCACAAUGGAGAUCACUCUCAGGACCUCCAUUGAAGCUGCAAGAAGUGGUUAGAGGUGUACGGCCAAUGCUGCUUCCAGAAAUGGCAAACUUAUUUAACAGCUUGCAUCUGACAGUUUGUCCUGGGCUUGACCCAAACGCCAAUAAUCUGGUGGCAAGCACAACUUUCUACUCUGAAGGCACGCGAGCCAUGCUAUGCUUGGUAAGGAUAGAAACCGACCCAGCCGAUAGAACACAAUUGCGGAUGACCAUUGCCUCAGGAGAUCCCACUCUAACUUUGGAAUUAAAAGAGUUCAUUAAAGAACAAUUAGUAAGCAUCCCCAUUCCUUCUCGAGCACCCACUCCUCCUCAAGCCCAACCAACCAGUCCACCUUCAGCAGCAACUGAUCCUGGGGCUAUUCUGGCCGGUUUGCUUUGAGUGAGCACAGCUGCCGAUGUGAAUGAAUACAGAGCAAGGGCUGGCGGGUGGUGUUAAGGUUGGAAAAAGAUUUGUAUUUGAUGGGACUUUAGCAAUUAGGUUUGGAAUAUUGUGGGGGGUUUUUGGAGUUUUGGUAUUCUUUUUGCACACACUAAUUGUGCUUUUGGCGAGAUUUCCUCAUUUUCGGGCGAGGGCCUUUUUUUUUUCUGGUUUAAAGUUAAACCCCCCUGUAGUCAGGUUUUUACUUGUUUGGUUUACCGUUUUAUGCGAUACAUAUUAUAUAUCAAAAAGGCUGCGGCAUUUGUAACUAACACGCUUGUUUUACUGUGUAUGGUUGGGUUUGUGUAUUUGUACGAGCAACAUUAGUGAGAAUGUCAAUGAAGAGGGAUGCAUUUGAUUUCGAUUCUUCAUAA